CUAGCGUUUGGGAUGAUGAUGUUCACGCGAGGGGCUUUGACUCGGCGGCGCUUCCAUUGGGAAGCCCAACGGCGCUUCCCAACAUGUUUAAAGGAGCUAAAAAGACAACAGUCAAUGACAUGUGCGGUUUACCAACGUUGCGGAGCACUUUGGUGACUGAGCAUGCGGGCCAUGCCGAUUCAGAAUUUGAUGACUGCGAACUUCUUGGCCAAGGGGCUUAUGGCAUGGUACAUAAGGUGCAAGACAAGGCCACCGGGCAAAGCAAAGUUCUCAAGUCCGUUGUGCGGCCGGAAGGGUGGGAUGAUGAACGCCUCAAGCUAGAGGCCCGGAUUUUGCAAAACUUGGACCAUCCGCACAUCCUUCGCAUCUUUUCCUGGUACGAAGAGGGGGACUCCAUCAACAUCGUCAUGGAGCAUUGUGAUGGUGGAGAGUUGCUAAAGGUUGUGAGAGAAGGGCGCCGACAAGGUGAUGCCUUACCAGAACGAUGGGCAGCUGCGAGCAUCCGUCAAAGCUUUCAAGCAUUGGUGUACAUUCACUCCAAAGGUGUUGUCCACAAAGACCUGAAAGGGCAAAAUUUGCUCCUUUUACAUGACACGCGAGAAAGUGGAAAUGUUUUUGCUCGCCUCCCUCAUGUUGUCAUUUGUGAUCUCGGCAUAGCUGAAAUUUGCUGCCGUGGUAUUUUCGGCCUUCGCGGCAGCAAGGUAGCAGGGACUCCUGCGACAAUGGCGCCUGAGGUUUGGUCAGGCAGCUGCGGGCCCAAAAGUGAUGUUUGGAGCAUGGGGUGCGUCAUGUUUGAGAUGUUCACGAACAAGCUUCCGUUUGAAGUGCGAGGGAAUGUAGAGGGCGCUGCCAAGCAGCAGGCCAAAUGGGUCGAGCUCCACAGCAAAGGGCCAAACUGGGACAUAUUGCGAUGCAGUCGUGAUGCUAAGUCGCUGUGCAAACAGCUGCUGACGUUUCGUGAGAGUGCUAGACCCUCCGCAGCAGAAAGUUUGCAGCAUCCAUGGUUGAAAAUGCAACAAGCUGAAGAAGUGACCUCAGAAGACUUCCAGAAGCUUUGCUCUGCAGUGCUGACGUGGAGAGACCGCUCACCUUGUCAGCGAGCCUUCUGCCUCAAGGUGGCGGCAAACUGCACCUGCAUUGACAAGUUCGCAAAGCUGUUUAUCAAGUUCGACACAGACAACAGCGGCGUUUUGGACACUCCGGAGCUAAUGUCAGCUUUGGUUUCGGUAGGCAUCUCCAAAGAGCUUGCCAAGAAGACCGCCAAAGCGUUGGAUGUGAACGGGGACAACUCCUGCGAGUAUCUUGAGUUUACGGCUGCGUGUUUGUUGUCGAUGGAGGACGAGUUUGAUGAACUUCUACGUCAGGAAUUUCGUGUCCUUGAUGUGAAGAGGGCUGGGGCUCUGACUGCCAAAGAGAUGGAGCCCCUCAUCGCGGAGUUGAAGGUGCUUGCAGCUGCUCGCGGAUUUGAGCUGGAGGACAUUGACACAGAUGGAGAUGGCCACAUCGACUUCCAGGAGUUCUGUACUUACUUCGGGCGACCGAACGUGACCUAUUCGCGCACAUUGGCGCAAGCCAAUGACAGUGCAAAGUUGAAUGGUGGAAGCAUGAAAAUGCCCAUGAAGCAGCAUGUGCGGAUCGUUGGUGGUCAUGGCAGAAGUGUCGAGAUGAGCAUGGAUCAAAUUCGGAAAAGCAUGGGAAUGCAACAGCCAGCUCCAAAGAAGGGCGAACCGAUGACUCAAGCCACGGAGAAGCCAAAGGGGAAAGUAGAGGAAAAGCCAGCAGCCAAAUCAGGACCCACAAACCACGCUACGGCAGGAUCAGGGCUUGGUGGAAGUGGGACCACUGGGAAGAGUAACAAGCCUAAAAGCUCUGCGAAGCCCGGCCAGGCUGCUGUGGAUGGUGUCGAAUCCAGUGCACGAGCAGCACAAUUGAAUGAGAAGAGGAGUGCUGGCGCCACUCCUGUCAUACCUGAUCGCAUCUCUGAGCACAGCAGGGCAUCUUCAAGAGAUACCUCUGGAAGCGGUCGCGCAAGAAGCAAGGAUGGUUCAGACGUCAAAGUCGAUCUGGCAAGACCAGCUGAAGAAAGAGACAGGAGUGCUACCCGACCAGAGGCUCAAACGAAGGCCAAGGCGGAAGCACCGACAAAAUCUCCAAGCCCCAGCAAUGCGCCAGAAGGUGGUAAUCAUCCAGCGCUUUCUGUGCCGGAGUCAAUCCAAUCAGGCCUUCAAGGCUCUGAGGCUGCGCAGGCACGCUAUGGCCCGGAUGGCCCAACCUGUGUUCCAGAUAGCGAUGAAGGAAGAGACACCGAAGCCGAACCCGAAGGCCAAGAAAGCAUCCAAGCACUUGCGGUUUCAGAUAUGGCAAUGGCUUGCAACCCCGACGGCGUCAUCCCGUAUAUGUCGAACAGUGCGUCUUCCAUUAUGUCGGCUGAUAGUCCUUCAGGAUGCAGUUGUGCGCCUUCCAAGAAGGGGUUAUGCGGACAAAAGCCGAGGAGCAUCACGCAAAACGGCACGAUCAAGUGCGGGCGCAUCACAGUUUCACUUUAGCAAGUCUUCGGCUUCAAUUGUCUCGUGCGCAUCCGGGAAUUUUAAUGAAGUUUGACAAGUUUGAUGCAGCCAUCCAAUGGCAUCAAGGCUUGAGGCCCAAGGCUUCAGGCGUGAAGAGUUAGCAGAGGCUAGCAAAGGCAUUUCUCAGGCCAAGGAAGUAGCGGGAUGUUUUUUCCUUGGCCCGGCUGAUGCGCCCGGCACCAGACAGGUGAGUUGCACAGGAGUGUUUUUCGUUCAUUUGUGCACGGUUUGC